GUUUUUCACCCGAAGUCAUUAAACUUUUGCGAAAACAUUCGCCCCGACGCGUUCGUACAAGUGGCAGCAAGUUUGUUGCUAACUUCACUUCAAGCGAGUUGGAGUGAAUUGACAAUUCGAUACUGCAACAAUUAGAUGGACCGAUGAUUAUAUUGUCGUUCGGAUUUAAAUAUUCUGCAAUUGCUUAUUACUGUUGAGGGUCUGAGUAAAAAAUGACUGCUAACGGCAAUUUGCCUUUAAUAAACAUUCGUUGUGACUGGGACACAUGUCUCAGAGGCCGUGACAAGGAAGCCUGGAUCUCCCACAAGUACAGAGACCAACCUAGUGUCACGGGAAAACUGGAACUACGUGAUGGCCAAAUAUCGUGCUCGGAAGGGUUCACAUUGGUGAGUUACUCCGGAAAAUCAGUGACCAUAAAACAUACAGACUCCGGAACCGUCACUACGUUCGUCGCUCCCCUAACAUCGUUCCCCCUGCACACUAAAUCUUGUACCAGGGUCUCAGUUACCCCUGGAGGCUUGGGAUUAUCAAGCGGGUCUCAAGGAGAAUUACAAAUAUGGGAAGUACAGCGAGGAGUCAUCAGACGCACAUUGGAAGGCCACGUAGGGGAAAUAUACCAAUGCAGAUGGUUUCCAUCUGGUGUUGUAGUUCUGGGAGGCGGUGCAGAUUGGAGAACGAGAGUUUGGUGCGCCCAGACAGGAAAAUGUCCCGUUACUCUUGUUGGCCACACUGCCCCCGUCACAGAUAUGGUUAUCGUUGAGAGAGGUAGAAAUGUCAUCACCACAUCCAAGGAUGGUUCGGCCAGACUAUGGGAUGUUGGAGAGUCUAAAUGCCUAGGAGUUCUAUGUGAGUUGACAAGCAGUAUCAUGGCUUGUGCUAUUACUUCUUCAAAUCAAUUAGAGCUACCUCCAAACGAAGAAGUUUUGUCAAAUCGAGAGAUCGGAACACCUGGAAAAGUGCUUGCUCUAGGUUGUGAAGACGGAACUCUUGCGUUAGUCGCAAUCGCAGCUAGAGCUGAGCUGGCCAGAAAAAUUCUACCUUCUAGUGUGAGUGCUUUUUCACUCGUAAGUAACGAGUGUCUGGCUGUUGGCUUAGAGAACGGACAGAUUUACUUGAUAAGUAUAGUCCAGCAGCUGGAUACUCUGAGGGUAAUCCACGAAAGCAACAGCCCUGUCAGAGCGUUGCUAGUGUACAAAGAUUUCCUCUUGGUGGGCCAGACAGACGGGGUAUGCAUUGGCUAUCGGAUUCCCUCGUCUAACAAGGAUCCUAUUUCUCCGGUUCGUCUGCAGCUAACGGGAUCUGAUUUUGAACCGAUCAACGAUUUGACAUCGGACGGACAGGAUCACGUUUACGUUGGAGCGAGGGAUGGGUGUAUACGCAAAUAUCAAGUCGGUGAUAUUGUCGAGAAAUUUUGCUCCUGAGAUAACAACGUGUCUAUUGUACAACAUUAACAAGUGUGGUUGAAAUUUCGUGCUGCUAAUGUAUGGUCUAUUCUUUUUUACCAUGUGUAUGCUUAGAAAUAUAUGUCUAUCGAAAGAUUCGGAAACUGA